AUGGCACGAAACCUACCAGAGCAACACGUGUACCUUGCCAAAUACAGGGGUACCAGUCAGGAGGUGGCUGACCUCAAGGACUACUACGAGCGCUUCGAGGGCGACUUCAACGCCAUCAGCGAAUGCCUCGCCGGCUUCGAAAUUGAAGACGAGGACCGCUACCGCAACAUAUUGAAUAAGCUCAUCGAGGACGGCGAAGUGAAGGCGUACCCCAAAUUCACUGAGGAGACCAAGAAGUCACGUAACGCGCGAAAGAGAUGGUAUUUGAAAGAAGCAAAAGAUGCCAAAAAAAGAAAAAUGGAAGAUGGUUUGGAUGGCAGUGGGGAAUCCCUGCCAAACGCCAUCGCAAAAAGACAGCGAUCGAAUUUGGAUAUCUUUGGAGGCUUUCGAGAUGUAAUUGAAAACCUCGAAGCCAAGUACUGCAAGCCAAAGGAGAAGAAGGCGUCAAAGUGA